AUGCCCCUUCCCCCGAGAGCUCCAGUGGGGCCUCUCACCUCAGUUCACCUGGGCUCAGGCUCUUUCGCAUUCACCCGCAAGUCCACCGACCUCAACUUUCAAGAGACACACCCCCCUGGUUCCACCCAGACCACCGGACACGGCGCCGCAGGACCCCAAAGGCACCCUCUUCCUUACUUCCUUAACCCCCCUAAAUCGAAAAUCCUCAGGGCCGCAGCCCACUAUGACACCGUCACUGAGUACACCCCGUCAGAUUCAGUCUGGCAGCAGCACCUCAAGCUCAAGCUCGACUGA